AAAGUAGUUUUUUGAAAUAAUGGUGAAUAAUGAAUGGAUGGUGUAGUAUCCUGGAGUAACCACAAGAGGUCGUUAUUGGUUUAUACAUGUGUGUUAUUGCCUGUAACCCAGUUGAAAGACGAGAGCCGAUGCAGGAAGGCAUACGGUGGAAAUGUCUUUUGUUACAACUGAAGUAAACAGAAGUAAAGGUUCGUUUCAACCCUAUACUUGCAGUAGAGUUAUCUUUAUUGAAGAUACAACAUUUUUGGCGACGAGGAUAAAGCGGAAGCACGUGAUGACAGCAAAUUAAUGAGGUAGAAAUGACGGAGCACUGUGCUAAUAACUGCCUGUGAGGGAAUUAGAAGAAGAAGAAGAAAAAAAAAAAAAAAAGAUCGUGUGAAAAGCAACCAUGGCUACAGGAACUAUUGGCUCACUAGGAAUGUUUGAUGCUAAAAUUCAAACAUGGGAAGAAUAUUCCGAAGUGCUGGAGCAAUUUUUCGUGGCUAAUGGAAUCGAAGAUGAGGGUAAGCAAAGAGCUAUUCUCAUAAGUGUUGUGGGACCACAAACUUACAGUGUGAUGCGAAAUCUUCUAAGCCCUGUGAAACCAAGUGAAAGAACUUAUGAGCAGCUGGUAACGAUGCUAAAAAACCAUUUCAAUCCCCAGCCAAGCGAGAUUGUUCAGAGAUUUAAAUUUGACUCCAGAACAAAGAAGCCGACAGAGACCGUAACAGAGUAUGUUGCAGAGUUGCGUUGUUUAGCUCAAGACUGUAAUUAUGGAACAACUUUGGAUCAAAUGCUGAGGGAUCGUCUUGUGUGUGGCAUUGAUGAUGAUCGGAUUCAGAGACGUUUGCUUUCAGAAACAAAUCUGACAUUUGAAACUGCUUUUAAAUUAGCAGUAGCCACGGAAACUGCAAGCAAAAAUGUGCUUGACCUACAAAAUAAAUCCUGUGUACAGACAUGUAACAACGUCAAGUUCAAAGUGAAGAAAUCUGAUCAAGAAAAAAAAGGAGAGUCAGGUGAACAAAUAGAUACCAGAGACUGCUACAGGUGUGGAGGGAAAAACCACAAAGCCAGUGAAUGCAGAUUUAAAAAGGAAAAAUGUUAUCAAUGUGGAAAAUUGGGUCAUAUUUCAAGGUCGUGUCGCAACAAAAAUAAACAGAGGGGACACACUGGCACUGGAAGUAGAGCAAAAGGAGUGUGGCCACAUAGAGCAUUUAAAGUAAGUGAAAAUAAUGAGAGUGAUGAGUCAGAAGAAACCUUCACUUUGGCAUGUAUAAAAGCGGAUGCUAUGAAGAAAGUGAAGCCCCUCACUGUUAAGUUGCAUAUUGAUGACAAA